CCGUCCCGAGAUCACCUGCAUUAAGUCGAGCAGCGAAUACCUAAUUCUCAGACGAUUGCCUGCCGCAAGUAUCGGUACCACCUGCUGCUGCAUCUGCACCUUUCAACUUCUCCGCAAGUUAAAAUAAAGAAACCUCGCUGGGUGUCCUCCGGGACAACCUAGCUCUUCAAAGUGGCUUCGAAUCAGGCAUUCUUGGCAUCAGCUAGUGCCUUCAAGAACAUCACUGCCUUAUUACCGCCUGCAUUGCAAACUUACGUUGAGACAACCGUUGGCCAUCUUUCCGAAGCCGUUGCCGGAUCUAACGAGUACCUUGUUUCGCAGGGAGUAUCACCGACUUUACUCUAUUCAACUAUUGCUGGUACAGCCGCAGCCCUUGCAUUGCCUCUCAGCAUGAUGUCUCGAUUCGGCUGGGGUUCUCGCGACGCCAUAUCUCCCUACGCCUCUCAGUCCGAUAAUCAAGACGUGCCUCAUGUCACUGAUGAUGACUUUAGCUACAUCACAUCGGAAGACCUCCAAAAUUCUUUACAAUCUCCUACCCGAGCCUACGACCCUCAAGGCCGACGGCCACCGCCCAACGCCCCCCUCGACGAUGACGUACUUCUAAUCAAGAACAAAGGCAUCACAUACCCAGUACACUUCCCUGCAUAUUCUAUCGGCGAUGGCAAGUUGCGCGUGCUGGAUGUGCGUGAACGCGCUGGAUUGGUUAUGGAUCUCAGCGAUCGUCGAAUUCGUCGCUUGAAGAUGCUCUACAAGGGCCGCCACCUCAAAGAGCAGGAUGUCCCUAUCCGCGACUACGGCGUAAAGAACAACAGCGAGCUGCUAGUUGUGGUACCCGAAGGCAGGAUAAGCGACGAGGAUGCAGAGAGCAGCAGCGAAGAAGUUGUUGUCACAGAAGAUUCCAUCGACCAGCAAAAGUCGAGAAAAAAGAAGAGCAAGACUAAAAGGAGAAAGAGGGAACGUCCCGGUCCUGCAGAAAGCUCUGCGAAUCUCGAAGUGCCAGGACAACGUGACGAAGGCAGACGCGGAUCACCGGAUCCUUCCACCCAGCCAUCGAGAGUACCCUCCCCUGCGGUGCCUUCCGGUGCCAGCGAAAAACUAGACGCGAUCAGAUCUAACUUCGACGCAAAGCUCUUACCUCUUUGCCGACAAUUCAUAAGCAAUACGCCAUCGGAUAAGAAGAAGUGCGAAGACGAACACCGAAAGCUAAGCGAGACGGUAAUGCAACAUACGCUACUAAAGCUUGACGAAGUAGAUACAGGAGGUGAUCCGGAUAUCAGGGCGAAGAGAAAGGAAUUGGUCAAUUAUGUUCAGGAUAUCUUGAGGCAGCUUGACGAACGCCAACCCUCCUCCAGCAGGUCAAGGGGAAGAUGAUCUACGCUAUAGCUAUUCCCCAUCACCUAACUGCUUGCCAGGUAGUUGACCCAAUUAUAACAUGUUUUACGACAAGUUUUUAUUUUUAUUUUUCCUGUAUAGAACGAUUCUCCCCUCAAAUGCCUACCAU